AUGGGUAUCACAGGAAUAAAGGUUGUCAUUCAGGUCACAAAAACUCUAAAAGGAAAUAACGGCAAUAUGAAUUUUUACCGCGUCCCCUUCACAGUGCCUUAUUCCAGGCCCCAUUCCCACUCUUCAAGGUCACGUGAAGGCUCCCUAUAUAACCUUCAGAUCAGACAGAAAGCCAUCAGUUGUUUUCCAGAUUCCAGGAUGAGUCGCAAGUCCCAAGCCACCGCCCAAAGGUCCUUCAAGUGCCAAGUGUGCGGCAAAGUGUUCGGCCAACAGGGUCAUCUGUUCAUUCACAAGAAUGUCCACGCGGAGGUGAGGCCCUUCGGAUGCGACACCUGCGGCAGGCGCUUCAGUCAGAAGGGAAACCUCCUUCGCCACUCGCUCUUGCACACCAACGAGAAGCCCUUCGGAUGCGGCGUCUGCAGGAAGUUCUUCGUGCAAAAGGCUCACUUGGUGAAACACGUGGUGGUUCACAGGCAGAGGCUGGCUGCCCUCAAGAGGUGUCGGCGGAGGGAGGCGUUGGAGCGAGGGUCCUCCGCUGAGGCCAAGGAGGGCGCCCUCAGGUGCAAGGUCUGCGGAUUACAGUUCAGGCGGAUUUUCCAGCUGAUGGAACACCUGAAGGCCCAGCAUAUUCUCGGAAGGCUCGACAAAUAG